UUGUGUGGCGGAAGUGGAGGGAAGUCUGGGCGGAUGCGCAGCGCCAUGGCCGGCGGUACCGUGGCGGUGCUGGGGCGGGUGCUGGAGGCGCUGGAUGUUGGAGGUGCAGCAGAUAAGAUUAAUUUAAUACCUCAAGACUUUUUUGCAGAACUGUGUGAACAAAUAAUUCAACAUCUGAACCAUAAGAUCCUGGGUGUAAAUACAGCUGAAUUGUGUCAGAGAAUUCAAACAUCUGGGAUUGAGAUUAAUGUUGGUGACCUGGCGAAAAUAGCUAACAUCAUUUCCUUUCUAUUUAGCACAGCAGCCAGAAACCACCUCUCUACGGAAGAACUCAUCGCCAGCUUGGGCAACACGGUUAGCGUGCUGCCAAAACAUGCAGUUCAAGUUAUUCGUCAUGUAUGGAAUGAGCAGGGCAAGUCCAUUAGUGCAGAAGAUGCAAGAAAUAUGGCCACAGUGGGGCAGUUUGUAGAUAUUAAAUGGAAACUGGGAGUUGCGAUGAGCUCUGACACCUGCAGAUCUCUGAAGUAUCCUUAUGUUGCAGUGACGCUGAAAGUGGCAGACGCUUCAGGACAAACAACAGACAAAUCUUUUGAAAUGACGAUCCCGCAAUUCAAGAACUUCUUCAAACAGUUCAAGGAAAUGGCAGCUGUUCUUGAAACAGUUUGAAGAGAGCUCUUUUAUUUACGCUGAAAUUUCGGACAGACUUAGAUCAAGUAAACUCUCCAUUCUGCACAGGGAAUAAAGUGCCCUUGUUCAGCAACGUAUGUAUCCCUGUCUUUUUGACAGCAUCAUCCUUGCAUUGCUGUGAAGAUUUCUUCGCUUUUGAAUACUUGAAGCCAACUCUGCAGCGCUUGUGAAAAUGUGUUCGGCUUUGUUUAUCCUGAUAGACAUAAGAUCAGGAUGUGUACGGAGAAACAUCACUGCAGACUUCCUAAUAUCCAAGAACUUACAUGUAAGAAGCUACACGUUUAACUCGAGUGCAGAAGAACACCUGAAAAUGUUGACUAGCAAGAUACUGAGAGAAGUGUAAAUCCCAUGUUUAUGCUUUUGUCUGUAAAAUUGGGAUGCACUUGGACUCAACAACAAUAUUAAGUAUGAGGAGUAUACAGAAUUACACAUAACAAGCAUACGGUUAUUCUUGAAGAAUAGCAAUGUCAAGCAGUUACAGGUAUUGGCAGACCAGUCGUCUUUUAAUAACUGGAGAAUGUACUUGUCCUAACAGCUUGUUUAUUUCAAAUACUUAUUUCCCACCACCACGGCUUACAAAAACUGAGUUAAUGCAUUAAGCUUUUCUGGACAUCCAAAAUUCAUUCUCCGAAAUGAAGCCCAAAAGCUAAUUUUAAAUAAGGGUAGAAGGGUGAAUUUAGUUCAAAAGCAUCUUAAUUUUUUUUUGCCUUUGCAUUUAAUCCAACUGUAACCUGUGGCGCUGUGCUCAAUGUUUUGAUCAGCAGCCUGCUUUCUAAUUAAAUUAGAAUACUGAUGUAGUUGCUUUACUUCAAGCUCUGAGCUAGACAAGUCAAGAGGAAACUUGAAAAUUCAGGCUGGAGCAUUAGGCAAGAACAUCAGAGAAAAAAAAAAAACACUCUAAAAGUCAGCAAGGUUUCUUUGCUUGUUGUAUUGUGUGGCAGGAGACACUGGACUGUGUUGCACACGCUCACUCUCAGAGAAUGUCCUAACCAGCAAAAUUUUGACUUUGAUUCUGAAAAACCUGGGUUAUUUCCAAUGGAGGAGUGAGAAAUCCAGUGUGCUUGUAUGCUUUCUCUUUGGGGUUUUGGGGUUUUUUCCAUAAACAAAACAUGAACUGCAAAUAUAGUGGGGUGCAAUAAAAACAACACUGUUGCAUUUCAAGAUGUGCUGGUGGUGCAGUAGAGCAAGUAAAUCCGAAGAGAGACAACUCAUACUGAUAAACAGACUGAAGUUUAUGCUGCAACUUCAGAAUGGUAGAGACUGAGAACCAGUUUUGCUGGGACAGAUCCUCAAGUGAUUUCAUGCCCCCUUAAGUGAGAAUAUGUACCUUUCUUAACCACUGUCAGUUCUUUUUUCUUAACUCUUUUAGAAGCUGGCUGAAAGUCACUUAUAGAGCUUAUGCCUGCCUUUUUGCGUCAUGAAAAUAAACUGCAGCAUAUCAUGCGUGCUGCAUACUGCAGUCAUUUCAAUAAAGACCACUAUUGGGGCAUUACACAUGGGGCAUAAAACCAGUAUUUGGAGUUGCUUAGAAGCCCAAAUAAGUGAAACGGUAUUGGCUUUAACAAAAGAUAGUGAAGUUUUGGGAUGUGGCCAUUGAUGUGGAUGAUACUCCUUUGUGCUGCUGAAGUCCGUGGUGUUUGCUUUGCAGCUGGGAGAGCAGAUUGCUCUUUUCUGCGAUCUUCUCGAUAGAAUGUCACAAAAAUGGUCUUGGGAACAGACUUCUGUUUGCCUUCUCCCCUGUCUGCAAGGGCUCGUGGCUGAAUAUAGUGCAAAAAUAUAGUGCAAAAAUAUCCUCUCUGUGUGCAGAAAAGUGAUGUGAGGCAGCUCUUUUUUUUUUUUUUUGUAACUUGCAGAAGUUGGAGUGUAAGGUGGUUGUAACUGGAGAAUACUGUCAUGCUUUGGUCUAUUGAACUAAUUGGCUUACAUCAGUGCAAGAGUUCAGAAGUAGUAUACUAUUUUUUUUAGUAAAGCUGGAGCCUUACAAAUACUUGCCAUUUGUUCUAAUGCACUUAAGUUCUUCAUAUAGCUGGAAACAUUUGUGCCUUCACUGGAACUGGAUGGAAAGAAGAUUUAACUAAUUGUCUUAACUCCUAGAAACAACAAUUAAGUAGAUGCUGGAAGGUAAUGAGGAAACUUUCAGUUACCAUUUUUUACUUGGUCUUUCACCAAGAAGAGAAAGUUGGCAGCCUUUGAAAAGAUAAACUUACAUUUUGUCAGGUCAAAUAUUCUAGAAAUAUUAAUGAGUAUUUUUGAAGUGUCCCUGAACUCCAGCAUGUUGUAACUCCGGCUGGAAGAUGCCUGGACAUGUGUGCUAUACCAGUUUACUGCCUGAGAAUUUUCCAAGGUGUUCAUGGACAUCUAGGAGAUGUGAUUAAAAGUUGGCUAUGUACUCAGACUUCUGAGAUUUGUCCUGAUGGCUAUCAGUAGGAAUUCCUGUACUGAGUAAUGGAAGAAUUAAGUACUUUUUGUUUUUUUU